AUGAGUUCUGUUACCUGGACACGUGGAAGAUACCAACAUCUUGCACCGCCAUCGAAAGCGGCUAAAGUAAAUCGUCUUCGCUUCUUUGGUCAUAUAUUAAGGAGACCUGCAGAUCGCCUUGUCCAACGAGUUCUGAAGAGUUCGUCGGGUUCGAGCUGGAAGAAGCCACCUGGCCGAAAACGGAAGUUCUGGACUGAGGUGGUGAAAGAGGACCUGAGGGCACUCGGCGUGGAUAAGCAGUUCAGGCGAGACGUAAGGUUUCGCAGAAUGUGGAAUAGCGACGAAUGGAUUGAUUCUGUGCAAGCUCUCGCAUAA